GAACUCGGCAGACAUACAAGCUGAGAGAAAGCUGUGUUGGGAGUCCAGAAGCCAGCCAGCCACUUCAAGCUUGGCUGGGGAAUGCUAGAAAUCCAAAAUGGGAAGGAAGGGGAAGCCGAGGAGGAGGAGGAAGAAGUGGAGGAACUGGGAGGCAUCAAUGAGAAACUAAUAAGGCAGCAUAAACUCCCACUCUCUGCACAGUCAGCCUUCAGCUACAUUCCACCCCGACGUAUGGAUCCUCCAGAACUCAGCUAUUUCCACCAAGACAGUAAGCCAGGAAUUGUUUCGGUAUAUGACUGCAUCUAUAAAAGACCUGCUGGCUAUGAUCAAAAACUUCAUCGGUGUGACAGGGAGCAUGCAAAAAGCAGGGGACUUCGUAUUAAUGAGGAGGAAAAAGCAAGGCCUGUAGCUGUCUUGUCGUCUUCUGAGUACGGGUGGCGUUUAGACAAGCCUGUGGAGGAGAUCAAUCGAGACCACGUUCGCAUUAACCAUAUACAAGCAGAAUUCUACAGGAAAAAUCAAAUUGCUUGCUUGAGUAAAAAAUGCACCAGAGGUGGCGAUCCAACCUAAAGCUUGUCUGCCAUGAGCAAAUAAGACCUCCAUUUAACUCCCUGUAGUGUACUACUGUCAAUUAAAAUGUAAUAACAUCAGCCCCAUGACUUUACUCUAGGGUUUUGAGCUGUCAUAUAAAUAUUUACUAUCUGCUUGUAGGCCAACACAUGGAUACUUAAACUAGGUGGGCGCACUGAAAAAACAAAUCCCUUUUAUGGAAAUAAUUUCAGUCUUUUGUGAGUAUUACUGAUUGAUUUCAUACCCUUCCUAUAGGUACAACAUUGUACAAGCUGCUAAUUGCACAAGUGUCCAAAUAGAAGUGUUAAAAUAAGUCUGGGGCAUCCUUUGUUUAGAGUCGUUAACUGCCCUUGGUUGAUUCAUGUCUGGAAAUCCUCUGUGACUGGAUUUUGCCUUGUUUCACUGUAUCGCCUCAAAGUGCAGUUCCAAGUUUUUGCAUUCUUGUGAUUUGAUUCAUGAAACUGAGUGUCACCUGUACUGAGCAACUCGCGAGUUUCUGGAUUUGUCUUUUGGAUUGUAUUUUUUAUUGUACCUUUUCCUAUCUUUUAUAUUUUUCUUAAUAAACUUUACUUAGUGGA